AGCUGAUUGGGUACAAGGAGUGCUUGCGCUCCGUUGAUUGCUUUGAACAAGCAUGCCUGUCGCGCGUGCGACCAUCAAAAUCAAUAAAGAUGAUAUGUUUCUGACGGUGCGGGAUGCUUCCUUCAUCAAAGCACAGCAACAUGUGGCCGCAUUGGUGGCGUCAAACCAAUGCCACUUGAAGACCGUAAUGCAGCAGACUUUGUUAUUCUUUGCUGCUGCACGAUAUGGAGAAGAUGAAGAGGCCCUGGAGCUUUGUGACACUCUCCUUCGGGCUGGAGUCCCGCUGAAUCACCUCGAUGACAAUCGCCAGACCGCACUGUUCUAUGCGGCUCGCCAAGGGCACGUCAACACGUGCAACUUUCUUGUAUACAGCAAAGCCAACGUAGACACACUUGACAAGUUCGGCGAGACAGCGCUUUUUUAUGCCGUAAAGCGUUCCAGAAUCACAGCUGUGGAGAUGCUGCUCGACCACGGAGCCGACUUCGAGGUCGUCAACCACAAGAAACAGAGCGUGAUGACCACGGCCUCGGACGAGCUGUGCGCCGUAUUCCAGGAGGCCCGGAAAAAGAGGCGACUGGAAGUGACCGAAGGUCCCGAACCACGCAGCAAGCGCCCACGAAGUGCGCUUGAGCAACUGGAAGCAUGGGCCGAUGAGUGGCCCAUGCGUCACCCGAAGAUCGAGACCGCGGACUUCAAGCCCAAGGACUUGCUAAAUUCAGAGGGCGAAUACUCGGUUGUCAAAGUGUCAUCGCCCACUACCGCAGCAAAACUUCGGGUUCUGGAAAAGCACUUCGUUGUGGACCAUGCAAGGCUGAUGAAGGACGAAUCCUGGUUUCCGAAGCUUACGCAUGAGCAAUGGUCCAAAGCUGUGGGCGUGAUUACCGAUGCCUCAGAGCCCCCGAAUGAUGCAGUGGGUGGAAUCAAGACAGUGUUAUCAGAUGCCAAUUCGCAGCAUUUUACUCUGCCCGCGAUCAAAACCGCGAACAAGGAGGUGGCCGGAUAUAUCCAUUGCACCUUUUCCAAGGAAAAGAAGGCCCUUAACAUUUCGCACAUCAAAGUUGAUUCACAGCAUACGGGCAGGGGGAUCGGUGGGCUCCUCAUAAAGGCAGCUGAAGACUAUAGCCAGCGUCUGGGUUGGAAAUGUGAGACCGUAGAGCUAAGUGUGUUGGCCAGGAACCAGCGUGCCAUCCGCUGCUAUGAAAAAGCUGGCUUCAGUUUCAAAUGUGAAUCAGAGGCAAGUUGGGGACCAAAGCAGUUCUCAGCUUGUAAAUGGCAAAGAUUCAAGAAGGUGCACAAGCACCACUUGAAGAAGGGAUCCAAGAAAGGGCCCGAGGAGUUAACCAAGCAGUGAUGCAAUCUUGAACGCAGUUUCACCCGGUUGCCGUCUGGAGCUUGACAGCAUUCCUGGUACAGGUACA